CCGAUUUCAGAUACAUUCAAUCAUUAUACAUUCAUACUUCCAGGAACAUCUUCGAUCAGGUUGGUCAGCCUGAUGAACGACUAGUUACCUCUAUAAACGUACCGGUCUUUUUUCUGGGUCCAAGUCGGAGAAUAAUUCCGAUUUGUACAUGCUCAGCCUCGUUCUUCGAGUUUAAUUCCAAAUCGAGUGAGGCACAGCCAUCAUUCACUCCGCAGGAACCACGCUUUCGGUACCAUCCGGGGACGGACAAAUCCCAGCACGCGAUCGUGCCUGGUGCCUGCGGAUGAGCUUAUCGCCUCCAACCAGCCUUGUCAAGCCACCCUCACGUCCUCCAACUACAAGGCUCAUCAUCUCGGCCGUUCAUCAUGACCGACGCCCCAGGAUCCGAUCGGUCUUUGCUAGAUAGGUUAAACGCCCUCAGACCUAGUACCGUUAACCUUGAUCCACCAUCAAAGUCAAUCGCUGCGUCUACUAUAGAACCAGCCAAACCUUUGUCAAGAGAAGAUGCUCUCUCAGAGAGACUAAAGAGCCUGCGAAAUCAAGCUAAUGGUAAUGCCCAUACUACUGGUGGCUCAGGGGCAAAGGAGGAAGGUGGCAGGCCUACUGCUUUAUCUAACUCACCACAACCACAGCCUCAGCUAGAGUCUACUUUCAAAAGUCCCGAUGCGAAAACAAGUGUACCGAAAGUCCCUUUGGCGGACGAGGAGGAUGACUUCGAUUCAGACUACGACUACGGGACGACCCUCUCGGAUAUUGAAGGUGACAUGGAGUAUAUUGAAGAGCUAAUAGCUGAAAAUGAGCACCGCAGAAUCGCCUCUCUUCUGGAUGAAUUAAAGAAGCCUUCCAGCGAUCCAAAGGACACCCCUGGGGCCAAAGCCAACCAUGAUGACAGCGAUGAUGAUUCCGAAGGCGAACACAUGACCCGUGAAGCCGACGACUUCCUCGCCCAGGCCGUCGACGAGGCAGAAUUAGAAAAGGCCAACGAACCCCCUUCUCAGCCCGAUGCUACGCCAACCAAGGGCGUAUUAUCAUCUCAUAACUCAGAGCCAAACAGUCCCACAGCACCCAACGACGCAUCCCCCUUCAACCUCCCCACCGUGCCCUCCUCCCUGCAAGACCAACCCACUCUCCCACCCCUCACCCCGUCCCAAAACGACGACGCAGAGGAUUCCGACGACUCCGACGACGACGCCGACUUUGCCGCUUCGAUAAGCAACCGCAUGGCGGCUCUCCGCGUCGCCACCCCUCCGCGGGACCUACCAUCCGCGCCCACCUCAGCCGUCGACGCCUUCGGGCUGCCCGCGGCGCCCACCUUCGCGCCCGCGGACCGGCCCCUACCCGGGCUAGUCAAGCGGCAAGGGUACACGGACGCGGACCAGAAGACGUGGUGCGCGGUGUGUCUAGAAGACGGCACGGUGCGGUGUCUCGGCUGCGACGGCGACGUGUAUUGCGCGCGCUGCUGGCGCGAGAUGCACGUCGGCCCGAGGGCCGGGUACGACGAGCGCGGGCAUCGGUGGGAGAAGUUUGUUAGGGGGAGUACAUAGUUGAAUUUUGGUGUGGUGAUUUACGAAUGCUGAUGAUCAUGAUACGAUGAUGAUAUGGUACGAUAUGAUUGGGCUAUAUAAGAAUUCUUAUCACGCUAUGUACGUUAAACGCUGGAUAUCCCUUGUAUAGCUCACAAAUUUACCUAAAUGCCCGAAUGCCUUUUCUUGGCUGCUUAGCUAAUCCCGUGAUGCUGAAAGUCCUAUACUGCUAAUUCUCCACGAAGACUCAGCGUAUAUGGUAAUCUUACUAGCUUGCUGACCUUCAACUGUACACCUAUCUAAUUUCCACCUACGUUAGUGGCAUGACCUCGCUGUCGAUUACCCACUUAGGUAAGGAGACGGGCUUCUUGGCAUCAGCGAGCUGAACUGCGCUGUCAGGAAAUCUGCCUUGACAUAGACCGGAUCCUACGCUACGGAUGGCGAUGCAGAUACAUAGGU